AUGUCAUCUUCAAACGAACCAGCCCCAUCAAACGAACAAAUCAAGAAGGAUUUGAAAAAAGAUGCUAAAAAUAUCGAAAAGAAAGUUGCUCAAGAAUCAGAAAAUUUGAAAGAACAAGGUAAAGAAAAAGCCAAUGAAUUAAGUGCUAAAGGUCAAGAAAAGGCCAAUGAAUUGAGUGCCAAAGGUCAAGAAUUCUUUGAUGAAGCAAGUGCUAAAGGUAAAGAAUUUUUAGAAGAAGCAAAUGAUAAAAGUAAAGAAUUUUUAGAAGAAGCUAAAAAAGAAUUGAACCAUUUAGAAGAAGAAGGUAAAGAUUUAUUGAGUAAAUUUGUUAAAUGGGUUAAAGCAACUUCUAGAUCAGUUGGUCAAUCCUUGAAUAAAACCGCUAAUGAAGUUUCUAAAGUUACUUCUCAAGCUGUUUCUAGAACUUCUGUUGAAUUACAAAAUCCAGUUGUUGUUACUCAACUUGCCGUUGUUGCUGGUGGUUUGAGUGCCGGUUACUUGGGUUAUUUGGAAAGACAUAGAAUUAAUACCGAUAACAAAUAUGUUGUUGGUUUACAUGCUUCUAUUAUUACUGGUUUAGUUUUACUUGAUGGAUAUUUGUUCAAUACUUAUUAUCCUAAAUAUGAUAAAAAGACUACUAGAGUUGAAAAAGCUACUAAAUAA